GCUUCUUGUGCUGGGGUGGGCGGAUGAGUAAUGCAUCCAGGAAGCCUGGAGGCCUGUGAUUUCCGCGCCAACCCCGCCCCUCUCGCGUGGACAUUUAUCCUCUCCUGCUCCGGCCCUGCCGCCAUCGCCGCAGAUUCCGCGCCUAGAGACACACCGGAGAAUCCACCAUGGCCCCCUUUGUGCCCCUGGCUUCUGGCAUCCUGUUGUUGCUGUCACUGAUAGACACCAGCAGGGCCUGCACCUGUGCCUCACCCCACCCGCAGACAGCCUUCUGCAACUCUGACUUCGUCAUAAGGGCCAAGUUCAUGGGAACCACAGCAAUCAACAUGACCACCUUUCACAAGCGUUAUGAGAUCAAAGUGACCAAGAUGUUCAAAGGAUCGGAUGCCUUGGGACAUGCCAACGACAUCCGGUUCCUCUACACCCCCGCCAUGGAGAGCCUCUGCGGGUACUUCCACCCGUCCCAGAACCGCAGUGAGGAGUUUCUCGUCGCUGGACAACUGCGAGCCGGCAACUUGCAUGUCACCACCUGCAGUUUCGUGGUUCCCUGGCACAGUCUGUCCUCCUCUCAGCAGAAGGGCGUCACCAAGACUUACUCUGCUGGCUGUGGGGCAUGCACAGUGAGUGCCUGGGCUCUGAGAUCCUCUGCCUGGAGACUGUUCUUGGGACUGUACCUGAAACCACAGGCUUGUUCUUUCGGUGUUUCCCUGUUCAUCUAUCCCUUGCAAAUUGUUGAGCGACACUCACUGCUUAUGGACAGACAUGCUCCUGAGUGGUUCUGACAAGGGCUUCCAGAGCCGCCACCUUGCUUGCCUGCCACAGGAAUCCGGGAUGUGCACCUGGCAGUCUCUACGGACCAAGACACACUGAAUGAAGCUUACCCCUUCUGGCACCUGAAGCUUUCAUGGUGUUUACUCCUUUCCACUCUCUUUCCCCCAAAUGGUGAAAUAAAAGAAUUGUCAUUUAGCA